CGCUAGCGCCCGCGCCCCGCGCCCCGCGCGCCCGCCGCCGGCAGCGACAAUGAGUGAACAGAGUAUCUGCCAAGCCCGGGCUUCCGUGAUGGUCUACGAUGACACCAGCAAGAAGUGGGUGCCCCUCAAGCCCGGCCAGCAGGGAUUCAGCCGGAUCAACAUCUACCACAACACUGCCAGCAACACCUUCCGCGUCGUGGGAGUCAAGCUGCAGGAUCAGCAGGUUGUGAUCAAUUAUUCAAUCGUGAAAGGGCUGAAGUACAAUCAGGCAACGCCAACCUUCCACCAGUGGCGAGAUGCCCGCCAGGUCUAUGGCUUAAACUUCGCAAGUAAGGAAGAGGCGACCACCUUCUCCAACGCCAUGCUGUUCGCCCUGAACGUCAUGAACUCCCAGGAAGGAGGCCCCUCCACCCAGCGUCAGGUGCAGAAUGGCCCCUCUCCUGAUGAGAUGGACGUCCAGAGAAGACAAGUGAUGGAGCAGCAGCACCAGCACCGCCAGGAGUCUCUGGAGAGAAGAGCCUCGGCCACAGGGCCCCUCCUCCCACCGGGGCACCCCUCAUCUGCAGCCAGCGCCCCGCUCUCCUGCAGCGGGCCUCCGCCCCCACCCCCACCCCCUGUGCCGCCUCCCCCCACAGGGGCCACCCCCCCGCCCCCACCCCCGCUGCCAGCUGGAGGAGCCCAGGGGACCAGCCACGACGAGAGCUCCGUGUCAGGACUGGCCGCCGCGCUGGCUGGGGCCAAGCUGAGGAGAGUGCAGCGGCCAGAAGAUGCGUCUGGAGGCUCCAGUCCCAGUGGAACCUCCAAGUCCGACACCAACCGGGCAAGCAGCGGGGGCGGGGGAGGAGGCCUCAUGGAGGAGAUGAACAAGCUGCUGGCCAAGAGGAGAAAAGCAGCCUCGCAGACAGACAGGCCUGUGGACAGAAAGGAGGACGAAAGCCAAACGGAAGAUCCUAACACCUCGCCUUCUCCGGGGACACGGGCAGCCAGCCAGCCUCCUAAUUCAGAGGCUGGCCGGAAGCCCUGGGAGCGGAGCAACUCGGUGGAGAAGCCUGUGUCCUCCCUCCUGUCCAGAAGCCCGUCCUUGGCCAAGAGCCCUGAAGCUAAGAGCCCCCUUCAGUCGCAGCCUCACUCUAGGAUGAAGCCCGCAGGGAGUGUGAGCGACGUGGCCCUGGAUGCCUUAGAUCUGGACCGGAUGAAACAGGAGAUCCUGGAGGAGGUAGUGCGCGAGCUGCACAAGGUGAAAGAGGAGAUCAUUGACGCCAUCAGGCAGGAGCUAAGCGGGAUCAGCACCACGUGAGGUGCCCGGCAGCACCACACAGAGACGCCGGGGACGGCGAGGAGCCCCCGCAGGGCCUGCAGGACCACGCCAGUCUCCGGCUGUGACGACCGCCGGUCACCCCGAGGACACGGGUCAGCUCCUGGACUGCCUGAGACUCCGCCUGACCCGGAGCACCAGGCCCACUCGUCUUUUUUGUACUUUAUAUUUGCUUAUUUAAGUGUACGUUUCUUUCGGUUUAUAGACAAGACGCCCUCGAAUCACCUGCUUCAUUAGACGGUUUCCAAGUUCUCUCCUAGGGGACGCUGGUAGCGUCUCCACACAGCAGAGCUGGCCCAGCACAGUUCUGUCCCCGGCCAUCAUGGUGUUGAACGGUCUGUCCAUGCACCAGUGUCUGUGUCCACACGGUAAUAAACGGCUCACUGUC